CGGGAGCCUAGCUAGUUGAGACUACUCAAAUUUACUCUAUUUUCUGUCCUGCUACUGAUCGCAAAACUAAUUUUCUAACUAUGGCUGCAAUAAUGGGAAGGACUCAGGUACAGAUAAAGAAUGUAGGCUCAUCAGCCAGUGUACCCAAUGACCCAAUAGCAAAGCUCAUGUACUAUUUUCAUUGUGUAUGUGGUUGUGUUGAGCCUGAUGAUGACUACACUAUACGUCGCCUGAGAGAUUAUGAGAAUUAUCAUCGAUUGACCAGCGAAGAAGAGGCCCAACUCAUAGUCCUCUGUCUUGCUCUCAGCCCUGACAACUUAAUUGGAUCAAUAUUUCAUCCAGUCAAUGAUUGUGGAUCAUCCACAAACAAGUUUGUUGAGAUAAGUGCCGUCAAAACAGACCUUCUUGUGACCAACUCUCUCCUCAUUGGAGGACAGCAGAAAAAGGUGCAAAAAGUAAUGUUUUUUGAGAAGAGGUGGAUGGAGGACAGCUUCAUUGAGCCUCUUCAAGCAGUGCAGAGGAGACUCAACCGUCCAGCUCAACGUCGUAUUGAGCCUCUCCCACAUCAUUACAGUCCUCCUGCUCCCCCUAGGGAAAGCAGUUCCUGCACUAUACUCUGAAAAAUGAACCAUUGAACUAUUAGCAAGAGUUGCUAUUAGUAAUACUACAUUAGCUUUUAGUAUGUAGGAGUGCAAGUAUAUAGAUCUACUGCAUUUUAUAGUAUGUGGGAUCACUGUUGUUGUUUCAUGUCUAGCCUGGGGUUGUUGACAGGAACAAGUACAUGUAGUUUACAUAGUCUAUUGAGUAUAGAGUGUUGGCUUGAUGUCAUAAUGGUUGUGAAGUUGUUACUGUUAUAAGCCCCUGUAGAUUUACUUAGUAUUAUUUCAAUUGCUAUACUUUUUUGAAAUAAUAAAGUUUUAGAUUCAAUGGUGUGUCAAAAUUGCACAGCAUGCGCAGAAAUUUUCAACUUACAAACCAUACAGAAAAAGGAUUUAUAAAUGAUUCAUCCAAAUGUUUUGGACC